AUGGACCUACAUUCUACUGGAUGGGCUACUCAUGUGGGCGCCCUGAUGCAUGAAUAUCAUGUACCUGGUCUCGCUAUUGCGAUUGUGAAUAACGGAUCAGUGUCAUCAAAAGGCUUUGGAAACGCAUCGCUCUCUCCGUUGACACCAUGUACAGCAGACACAGUGUUCGAGAUUGCAUCAUCUUCAAAGUCGUUUACUGCAGCAUCAGUUGCCUUGCUGGUCGACGACAAUGCUAAUUUCCCUGAAGUGCAAUACGAAAGCACCAUGUCUAGCUUACUUCCAGACGACUUUGUCAUGUCGGAUCCUGAAUACACGAAAAAUGUCACCGUGGCCGAUCUCUUGGGCCACCGCAGCGGCCUGCCCGGUCAUGACUAUUCUUACAUGAGCCCACGAGCAACACACCCAGACGACGCUCGUUCUAUUACAAGGAACCUGAGAAAUCUGCCCGUCGCUGCCCCAGUUCGCUCCACAUAUAUCUACUGCAAUAUUAUGUACACCGUAUUAUCAUACCUUGUAGAAGUCAAAAGCAAACUCGGCUGGUCUGAUUUUCUAGACAAGUAUUUCUUCGGCCCCCUCGAUAUGCAAUCGACCGCCUACCAACCGAGCGGCGCCAGAGCCAAGAAUCUAGAGGACCGUCUUGCGAUGUCAUACUAUUGGGAUGAAGAGAAGUCGGAAUACCUGAGCAUUUACACUGCAGAAGACCCCGAGGCGCAAGGUGCGGGUGGAAUUUUCACGAGUGUGAAUGAUUUCAUCAAGUGGGUCGAGGCUUUGAUGAAUCACCCGGGCGUUCCUAUUAAUGACAAUAUGUACCGAGGUCUUUUGGAAAUGCGUACCUUUUCAAACCCGGGAUCGGAGAAUCUAGAUCCUUAUACGUCUACUACAUUUUACACUGCCGGGUUGGAAAUCUAUUACUACAAGGGAUACGCCGUGGUGGACCAUGACGGCCAUGACAAUGGCUGGGGCAGCUACUUCUUCUUCGUUCCUGACUUGCACUUUGGCGCUGUGAUUUUUGGAAAUUCAGAUGGAGCAUAUCCCCUUUCUGCUUAUUUGGCCAAAGAACUAGUCCAUGAGGUUGUAGACGCAAAGUCAUCAGAACGAAAUACUAUGGACUGGCAAUUGGCGCACGCCCUUGUUCUAAAUAGAACCGAAAGCAAAGACGAGCCUCCAGCAAGCACACCACUGCCACAGGAAACCCCUAUCGGGACGUAUGUAGGCAAAUACUCAAACCAGGGGUAUCAUGAAAUGGUUGUCGAAAUCAAGGACGGUAGCCUCUUCGUCAAUGCUACCGAACGCUCAAUGGGGUUUACGCUUACAUUUGAGCAUAUUGCCAAUCAAACAGAGUACAUCGCCCAUUUGAGUGACUGGCAGGAAGGCGGGGAUGAUCCUUUGAAAGCCAUUUUUGUCUUUGAGGGCGACCAUGUGGUAAAGAUGGGACUUGAUCUGGAGCCGGAUUUGCAAGGCUUGAUUUGGUUCGACAAGGUCACAGAAUGA